AUGCAUGCUACAGCACUAUGCCAAUUUUGCCUCUUAGCUGCCUUUGAUGCAGAGCGUGGAGCCACGCUGCAAUCCAGCGUGCCUUGUGCAACAGGGCUGGACGAGGCAAUCCUGGCGGAGCAGAUGAUUCCGGACGGCUUGCAUAUAUCACAGCAGGAUUGGACAGUUCUGUACCGCCCAAUUAGUGCACUGACGGGACUUCCUGCCAUCCCGCAACGACCGGCGCAUGUACUGGACAAGUCGCGGUUCGGACGCGCGCAGGAUGGUACGCAAAUUUACAUAUUGUGUGCAUCACGUACGUACAAACUAACGGAGGCACCUCGCGGCGCCAUGCACGUGGCCAUUGCUAUCGGUACGAUGCAUCCGUACUUGAGCAUGUUUAAACCCGCUAUGAUUUUAGCCUUGGAUGCCUACGAGCACACACAUGAUAGGAGGGUCUUGCGUACGCUGUAUGAUGCGUUCAAUCAAUUGGACCUGUCUCUGCUACCACGUCUAAGUUACUCGGACAAGCUGUGCCUCCGCACACAGGCACCACAGCUACCUGCGAGCGGCGUCCACGCUGAGAAGCCCGCAGCCUCGCUGGAGAAACAUCUGCCUGUGCCGUUCUCGUCUGCGAGUAUGUAUACGCUACCCCCCGCUUGUGUCAUGGAUGCGUCGCGAGCGAGUCGCACGCCUGGCGUGCAGCGCACGUCAUGGAUACCGUCGAAAAUGCGACGGCAUUCCACAGGGUUUUUGCGGUCCAAGCCCCGGUACACCAUUUCCGAGCCCCGAUUGUUGACCAAGGCUUGGGAAAUGUACGAGUAUACCAUGAACUAUGCUGGUGUGACGAUCCCCAUGACAGUGCCGUUGAUCUUGUUCCCUGAAGAAGUGGGCGCGUAUUCUCUCACGCUCCUCUUCUCGACGUUUAGCCGCUUUUCGUAUGUGCGAGGCCCUAUGCAUCCGCAUUUGCAUACGAAUGGCGCCUAUACCCUCCCCCUCACUGUGCUGUUCAAUGCGCUCCUCUCGCAAAAACGCGUGCUGUUUGUAGCCUACCACUCACCGGCCCAAACUGUGGUGGACUUUGUGUUGGCUGCAUGUGCGUUUACCAGUGGAUGUGGCGCUGUCUUGCGUGGGUUCUUGGAGUAUACCAUGCCGUACGCGACGCUGGUCAAUGUAGACCAGCUCCAGACCAUGCCGUGGUUUAUUGCAGGGACCAAGCACCCACGUAUGGAAGAGAUGGGAUUGUGGGACGUAUGCUGCGACUGUGAGACGGGCCUGGUUACGGUCUCGACGCAAAUUCGCUGGGCUGCGUACCACGACGAAAGCAAGCGCGAGAGGGUAUGGCGAGGCGGCGAUGAGCGACCGAACGCUCACGAGCUGAUCCGCGUGCAAGAGAUGUUGCAGGCGACCAAGGCCCAUGCGAGUGAGACGUUUGUACGCCGCUGUGUACAGGCGUAUGUACGUGACUUUGUGCAACGGGCGACUCGGUACGAGCAUGCCUGCUACCGCGACGCGCCCUUGGCCAUGCUCGGCGUAGCAUUCUCUAGCACCUCAUCGAAGUCGAUCCAUACGGAGGCCAUGCGAUUUGAAGGAUGGCGAGGGACGCGCAGCUACCAGCUACGUACAUUGCCUUGUGAGCUUAUGACCUCCAUGGAAGAGGAGGCGCCCCUUGCCAGGGAGGCGGCCGGCGCUGCAGCGCCUGCUGCCGCGGCCACAUCACCUCGUCGUCCAGAGCCGUCCGCCGCGACGACGACUAUAUCCUCGCGCACAAGCGAUUGGGCCAUGCGGCAGUCCAGCAUGCCUGUGCACCCUGCCGCGCCAUGGUCGCCCAACGCGGCGGCCCACACGUCGCCCAGCGCUGUGCGGGCCAGCGUAUCGGGCGCACCGUCCACGCCUACGAUGGCGCGAACGGCGAUGCACAAUAGCGCACGCCCGAGUUACUUGGACGUAUCAGCGCUCUCCCCACAAGAGUAUGCCGCAUUUACGCAGUGGGUCGACCGUAUCAAACCGGCCCACUCACGCCGGGAAGGCUUGCUGGACGAGCAUGCGGCGGUCAAGUUCUUGCGUAGCGAACUGGGGAUCUCCGUGGAAGAUGAAGUGAGCAUCUUGACGUUGUUUGAGCGAUUGCCCAUGGGCAUCCAACGAGGGCAUUUCUAUGCCAUGGUCCGCCUCGCUGCGUGGGCGCAGCAGGGCUAUACGGCCACGCAUGAUUUGCUAUUUACGCAGACUACCCCGCCGGAACGACGGAAACGACGACCACAUGCACGCAGCCGUACCCAAUCACGCGCUCCCAGCUCCGCGUCGGUGAUUGACUACCAUGCGAUGCCUGACAGCCGCGCCUCGUCCGUGAUGCGGGCGCCGGUGCGGCAGAUGUCGUCUGACGAUGUACCGAUGGCGCCCUUAUCGACCCAGGCCUCCGCCUCGAGCAUGCCGCCACCGCAGGACCCGCCAGAGUUGGGCUACCACAAGGUGGUACUCAACCCAUCAGAGCCGCGUGUCGUGCGGCCCAUGCCGGUGAUUGCACGCGGGCCACAUACGGCGCCGCACGCCGCGUCCUCGUCGGCGGCUGGCAUCACAGAUUUGCCGCACGAGGAGCCGGAAGCGUCCAAAAUGGACUCGCCCCUCGUCGUGCCAGCACAGCGUCCCUCGGCGCCGAUGCCGUGGCAGCAAGUUAGCCCGCUCAUCCAAGCCAGCCUAAAUGCACGCAGUGAAUUCAAGAAAGCCUCGCGCCAAUCACGGCCAAAAACAUUCACGGUCCUAUCGAGCUCUAGCGGCCAGUUUGAGCGGGAUAAGCCCCAUUUGCUGACCGGCCAAGAAGUCCCGCCUCAGGCCCUGUCCUUGCAUACCAAGCGCCGUACUACGUCGGCGAACAAGUUGUCAUCGCUGAUUGCCUCCCAGGACUUCCGAUCGCAUGGCGAUGCCUAUACCGAACCUCUGGAUGCGGGCCAUACCAUUGCGCCCAAACCAUCGUACUAUGGCCGGGAGCGUGGCGUCCUGCCUGCCUGGCUGCGCGAGCAGUACGAGGAAGGCAACGUGCUGUAUCCACCGCCCGAUCCAGCCGAUGCGUCGGUCAUGAGCGUGUAUGAUGCGCUGAACAACAAAGCCUCACGCACGAUGAACGGCAGUGAGCGGGCAGCGGCCAGUAUCAACCGCAACACGCCGUUCUUCCCGCCGCAUGAACGUGAUCGUGAACGUGCGGAAUUGGCGUCGCUGGACGGCCGCAGCGUCGCGCAGUAUCGCUUGCUGAACGAAGAGACAUCCGUGAGCAAACGUGCGUCCAACGAAUCGAUGGGCGAACGCGGCCAGCGACUCCACCCCAGCCGCUCAAAAGGUACGCUCGCCUCCAAGUCCCAGCCAUGGGGUACGCAAUUCGAGGCAGGCACGUACGCCGGCUUCAAGUCGACUCCGUCGUCGCGCGAUUUGCGCAUGCAGCACACGCGCUCCGGCAGCAAACGCAUGCUGCAGUACCGUCCGGUGCAGGAGUUCCAGCCUAUGCUCGCGCCUCCCUCGUAUGCUGCGCCAGGCGACGAGGGACCGACGGAGGAUGCAGAGAAGAGUCCGAUGCAGGACGGCGCGCGUGCUGUGUCGCUCUCCCGCACCGAAUCAAUGCCGCGCCUCGAUGCUGAGCGCACGCCACGCCUCGCUCGCUCGCAGUCCCAGCCUAUGCGGCAGCAGUCGCAGCAAGCGGAAAUGCAGCGAUUCGUAUUGCAGGAUGAUUCGACGCGGUCUGGCCUCAUGCAUUUACACGAACGCAAAUCCAGCGGCACCUUUACCUAUACGCCGCUGGCCCGGCGCACCUCGCAGAAGAUGUCGCACUCGACGCCGCGCGACUCGGACGCUGGCCAUUCGACGCUGGCGGCCACGGAUCGCGCCCCUCGGCCGCUUCCGCCGCCGCCAGAGACGCCGCGUAUGAGCGACGUGAGCCAUGAUCUAUCAUUUUCAGACAUGUCUGUAAAGAAGCCACGCAAGAAGGGCAGUCGCAGCUCGCAAGCUAGCUCCAAGCACGGCGGCGAAAACGCGCGACGCUCCACCUCUGAAUUGAUAACGACAGGCAAUGCUGCGCCCCAUACGACCCCAGCGUCGCCGACAAUUGAAGAGGCAACGACCAAUGCGGCCGCAGAGGCCCCAGUUGGGGAUACGCCGACGCCGACGGAUGUACAUACAGAAAGCCAGGCACGCCAUCAUGAACCCCGCGAUACGCCCCCACCGGUCGAGGCAGAGAAAGAGAAGGAGAACGAUGCUACGUUGUCGGCCAGCUCAAACAACGAUACACCUGCUGCUACGUUGAUGGACACGACUACGAAAGAAUCGACCGCAGAGGCACCUACAGAUGCCUCUUCGGAGGCUGUUGAUACGACGACACCUACGACCGUCGCUGCCGAAGACAAAGAACCUCAGGCUACCCCAGAGGAUGAUCUGACGUCUUCAUAA